AUGUCGGGCGCGGCCGCUUUGGGCACCCGCAAAUGGAACACAUCCGACCAAGCUCUGAACCACUUUGUCAACUUGCUCGAACACUUUUGCGGGUCACGCUUCGUAGAGGUUUACUUUUUUACGUCCGCUCCAGAUACUGUCGGGCCGGCUCCAUUGCAUGCAAGGUUGCGCCUGGCGCAGAUCAAACCCUGCAUUUCGCCGCUCAAAUCCAAGAAUGUGACUUGUACUCACUGCAACGCGCACUUUUCCACGGUUGUGCAAGCUGGCGUGGAUGUUGCACUUGCAACCAAAGUCCUGACUCUUGUCGGUGAAAAGGCGUUGACUGGUCUCUUUCUACUCACAGGCGAUGGCGAUUUCAAAGAAAUGCUUCACUACGUGACGGACGUGCGUCACAUUCCUAUGUGGCUUGCUGGCUUUCAGAAAUGCACGUCGACCUUGUUGCAGGCGUACGCCAAUCGAGGCGCGAUUCUCUGGCUGGACGAGAUUUGGGAUGCCAUCACUUAUCAGCCCAACUAUGCGGCCAACAGCCGCCCUGACAUCAUCAUGCAGGCGCUCAUGCAGAGCAUGCCCAUCCCAAUAUGGUCUAUCGGAAACCGGGGGAAUAACAUGCCUCCCUACUCCAAGAAACCGAAGGCAACCGCGGCAGCUUCUCAAUAUUCGCACCCGCCCACCAACCACCAGCUUGCACAUCAGCAGCACACAGGCCCGAAGGCUCCGUCGGCUGCGGGCUCCAUGCCUGCUGGUCGAUCCAAUGCGCCCGGCACCGUCAAGAUUGCUUCUCGGCCGCAACCAAGCAGCGCCAUCGAGCCAGCUGCGGUCCCUGCUGUUGCUCCAGUCGUUGCUCCAGUCGUUGCUCCAGUCGUUGCUCCGGUCGUUGCUCCGGUCGUUGCUCCAGUCGUUGCUCCAGUCGUUGCUCCUGGCGUUGCUCCUGGCGUUGGUCCUCCCGCUGUCCCACCCGGCGCCCCAGCAUCUGAGCCACCCGCACGAAGCAGAAAACCAAACCACCCUGCGAAUGGCACGUUUGAGAUCGAGGAGCCAGAAUUUGUUGUGCCAAAGAGUUCCGCGGGCACCACUCGUCCACCGUCGUCCUCCGGCCCUGUUUCGUCAGUCAACCCUUUCCAGCGGCUCGCCACUGAUGACGGUACUGAUGCGGGACGCUACCACCACGGCUACGAGGACGAGGUAGUUGAUCCGUUCGUGGCAGAUGGACAAUAUCCCGAGCAGCUGAAGGCGCUGCUGGAUAUUGGCUUUGCGGACGACGAUAUGACUCGAUGGAGUAGUAGCUGA